ACAGUGUCCGGUUGCUUAAACAUAGACUGACCAACUAGCAAUUAGUUAGGUCUAAUCAGUCCUACUAUUAAAAAAUAGUUUUACUUCGGUGCGAUCGUCUAUCUCUAUAUCGUACCACACAGAAAAACUUGUAUUUGAUCUUCACUGUCUGUAUACUGCGGGCUUUAUGUGACACGCUAAAAGAUGUGCUGUGUUAAAAAAGGAGGGGUUUGUGGUUUUUUAAUAGGACAUUGAUGAUACCAUCAUUACACUUCCUUGAUAUAAGCCAUUUCAAGUAUCAUAAAGAUUACUGACUGAAAAUAUCUGUACAUUCUUCAUUUUUAAACUAGCUGGAAACUCAAAAUGAAGAUCUGCUAUGUUGUGUACAUCUGGAUGUUUCUGACAGAGAUUAGAGUUUCAUUAACAGAUGAGAUUGAGAUGCAUGGAUACAGUGGAAAAUAUGUCAUCAUUUCAUGUCACUUUAUGGAGGCUUCAAACAACGUAAAGUAUUUCUGCAGAGAUCCGUGUAAUGAUGAAGAUAUUCUAGUAUCAUCUGAUCGUUCACCUAACAGGAGAUUCAGACUGGAGGAUUCUGGGACAGGAACGUUCACAGUGACCAUCACUGAUCUACAGGAGUCAGACUCUGGGAUUUACUGGUGUGGAGUGGAAAGAGUCGGUAUAGACACAUAUCACAAGGUCAAUCUAAGAGUAUCUAAAGAAUCUUCAUUUGCCACAACAAGCAGAACCUCAGGAAAAUCAAACCCUGAUGAUAACACAACCUCAUCCUCAGUGACGGGUAACAUCUGCAACAAUGUGUUUUCACACAAUGAACUCAAAAUCUAAAGUUCAAAUCUGUUUUAAAAUUAUUUAUUCUGUGCUGCAGAACAGCACCAAAGUAAUCUUAACGUCACACUGCAUGCUAUUGGUGGUCUGAUCUUAGUGAUUGUACUUUUAUGUCUACUGGUUGCUGUUUAUAAGCACAGGAAGAGAGUUAAGAAAUCUGCAAGUAUGAACUCAUUACUCAUUAAAUAUCAAUACAACGUUACAAAACAAUAACUAAAAUACUCUUAUGAUUAAACAAUUUUGGUUUUAUUCCUAGGUUUUUGCUUAGAUAUUAUAAGCAACAAAUCAUUUAAACACAAUGAACGUCGAGCAGAAGAGGUGAGUUAUGCCACUGUGUUUGAGAAUUACUUAAAUAUUUUCAUCUAAAUGGCAGUGCCAAAUGUAGGCUGUCCCCAUGUGUUAUUUAAAGGCACAAUAUGUCAUUUUGCCACUAGAGGUCACCAUACAAAAACUAUGUGUCUUGAUGAUGCUAUGAGGAGAUGGGACUCACACUAUAAAUUUAUUAAUCGUUACACUAUAACCUAAGACCAUAAUGUAGUUCAAAACAAUUAUCUGGAUUUUAACAUUGUUAAAAACAUUUGGGAUAAUGUUUGGAUAUUUUAAUGCAAGUGUUACAUAUUGUGCCUGUAAUAUCUUAUUUGCAUCGCAUUCAUCACUGUAUAUUUCUCGCUUGAUGAAACGUUGGGUCAUGCAAAGUUGAAUUUUUUCAACUUGCACGGCUUAAUUUGGCACAGCGAGAAUUCGGGUCUUUGCAUUGACUUCGCAUUUGGUGUGUACACCCCAUUGGAUGGGUCCCAAGGUCCCCCUCCACCUCAGUUCACAGUAUGCUUUUACUCAGCAGCCCUUGUAGUGUUGUAUAGACUCAGAGGAGCAGUCAUAUUAAUAAAGUGCUUUUGUUUAUUUAUUUAGGCUGAUAAAGUACAUGAUAAGGAUCUUCAAGACUCACAGAACAAAAAAUCUAAGAAGUUGAAGCUUAAAGUCCCAAAGAGCAAUGAACUUUUAGUCUAUCAGAAUCUAUUGUUCAACACUGGCCAGUCAGAUGUCAUCUAUGAAAUAUGAGCUCAGCUUAAUGCUAUAAGAGAUAGGUAAGAUCAGAGUACUGGUCAAAAAGACCAAAGUGAUAGAUAUACAGUACUGUGCAAAUGUCUUAGGCCACCCGCAUCAUUUAAAGGUCUUUUUAUUAAAGGUGCAGUAUGUACAUUUUGGCGGCAUCUAGUGGUGAGGUUGCGAACUGCAACCAACAGCUCAGUUCACAGCUCACCCCUUGCUUUUGAAACACAUAGAGAAGCUACGGUAGCCGCCACCAAACAAACAUG